UUUUUAUUUUUCAUGAGUGAAAAAAAAAAAAAGUUGAGUGGUUUUUUUUGAAUCAUCGGUCCGUGGUAUUUGACGUAAGCAACUCAGGUUUAGAAAGAGUAACUAUAGUAUCAAAGGUCCAUUUCAAGAUGUUUAGAAGUGUGGGAAAGAGAAUAUCAUCAUCGCCAGGUGUGAAAUCAUUAUUCAAUGGUCGUUGGGUCAGUUCUGGUGUGUUGACUAGAUCAAUGCCACAGUUAUCAUCAAAACCAAUCACAACCAUUAGAUUCAAUAGUUAUAUAAAUACAGCAGGAGAGAAUAUCGAAAGUAAGAUUGAUCAUUUGACGGAUCAACAAUAUAGUCAAAUCAGUAAUCAAUAUUUAGAAACCUUAGCUGAUGAAUUAGAAGAAUUAAGUGAACAAUAUCCUCAAAUUGAUAGUGAAUUGAAUCAAGGAGUUUUAACAGUUUCUUUACCACCUCAUGGAAGUUAUGUGAUUAAUAAACAACCUCCUAAUAAACAAAUAUGGUUAAGUAGUCCUGUAAGUGGACCAAAACGUUAUGAUUUAAUUGGUGGUAGAUGGGUUACUUUAAGAGAUGAAACUUCAUUAACUGAUUUAUUACAAGAUGAAAUAUCAAGUGCAUUAGAAACUCAAUUUGAGUUUCAAGCAAUUGAAGCAUAGAAGAGGUUUAUCAUCUACAUCAUCCAUAAUAUUGUACAUAGUCCUGUUGAUAGUUUGUGUGAAUGAAUAUACGUUAAUUAAAUGAAUUGAAUAUUAUACCAAACCCCGUUUUAGGAAAUGGUGCGGCUCAGUCUUUCCUGUCACUUCAAAAAAAAAUGAGAAUGAUUUUCAAUGUCAUCUUUAAAGUUGACAGGAGAAGAUGUAGAAUGAAAGAACAAUAUCAUGAAUAACAACUAUAUACGAAGGGGGCCGACUACUAAAAACUAGUCAGAUGAUAGUUAAAGUUUAAAUGUGUCGAUCUUUAGUAAAACUCUAAUUAAGACUCAUACGGAUAUGUACGACGGAACGAACUACGGAAUCAAAAAAGAUAUAUCAUUACUUGCAACCAACCA